CUUAUUUGUUAAUUCCUUUUCUCCUCACCCAAAAUUGUGGUUUUGAGUUUUGACGAUUUUGGGUUUAGCGAGAGAAGAAAUGGAGAGCCGAAUUCUCGAAAACUGGAACAUAUAUCGAUCUUUCCUCGGAACAUUAGUAAGUUCGGAGAAAGUUCGAAACUUUAUCAUGUCGUUUUCUCGAAUUUGACCCGGUUAGAUCGCCUGAAACAUAUCGACGCUGUUGCUUGUGUUCUUCUUUUUCUAAAUCGCAUUUCCUCUAAUGUAUUCUUCGAUACUCUAUGGAAGAAGAUCUCUCGUGUUACAGAAAUGGCCUAAUCUGAGAGGUUCAGUGCAAAAUGUAUUCUCUGCUUUUUCCAGUUCCUUCUUCUCCUCUAGUGCUGCUGAUGUAAGCGCUCCUCAAGAUGGUCGAAAAGGGAGCAACUUUACAGUCUCUUACCUCGUUGAGUCACUGGGGUUCACUACGAAACUCGCAGAAUCGAUCUCGAGGAAAGUCUGGUCCGAGGGAAAGGGAGAUCCAGAUUCUGUAUUGAGCCUUCUUAGGAGUCAUGGGUUCACAGGUCCUCAAAUCUCUAGCAUCAUUAGGGCUUUCCCAGGAUUGCUCAUAUUAGAUGCUGAGAAAUCUAUUGGUCCCAAGCUUCAGUUUCUUCAGUCCAGAGGAGCUUCAAGCUCUGAGCUCACUGAGAUUCUUUCUAAAGUCCCUAAGAUCUUGGCACUGAGAUGGGAGAAAGCAAUCUGCAAACACUACGAUUUCGUCAAAAACAUCAUAAAUGCGGAUCAGAGUUCCAAAGGAUACGAAAAGUCUUGUCAGUCUUCUAUGCCACAAGCUAAUAAACUCAGAAAUGUAUUGGUUUUGAAAGAGCUUGGUGUGCCUCAGAAGCUGUUGUUCUCUAUGCUCAUCUCCGAUACACAUGUCUGCUGUGGGAAAGAAAGAUUUGAAGAAUCCGUCAAGAAGGUUGUUGACAUGGGCAUUGAUCCGACAACCUUAAAGUUUGUCGAUGCUCUACACGCUGUUUACCAAAUGAGCGACAAAACGAUUGAAGAAAAGGUAAACGUCUAUAAAAGUUUUGGCUUUGAUGUCGAAGACGUAUGGGCAAUGUUUAAGAAGUGGCCGAAGUUUCUGAUUUACUCGGAGCAAAAGAUAGUGGACUCCAUUGAAACAUUACUAGGCCUUGGGUUCACCAGAGAUGAGUUUGUGAUGAUGUGCAAGCGCUUUCCUCAGUUACUUGGAUGUUCCUCAGAGACAUUGUUGAAGAAGACUGAGUUUGUGGUGAAGAAGAUGAACUGGCCACUAAAGGCCGUGGCUUCAACACCUGCAGUACUUGGAUACAGCAUGGAGAAGAGGAUUGUACCAAGGUGUAACGUAAUUAAAGCUCUCAUGUCCAAAGGAUUGCUUGGAAAGGGAAGUGAACUUCCUUCAAUGUCGUAUGUCUUGGCGAUUACCGAUCAAGCCUUCUUAAACAAGUAUGUGAAGAAGCAUGAUGAUAAAGAGCUGGUGUCUGAGCUUAUGGCUAUCUUGACCAGAGGUCGUGUUUCAUAGAUAAAAAGGCUUGUCAAGGAUUUUGCUUUUCUUUAUCUAUAUCACUAAAAUUCGUUUUUUUUUUUCUUCUGUUCGUCUCCACAUACUUAGAUUCUUGCGACUUGGUUGAGUUCCGCAAGUGAAUGAGAUUUGAGUUGGAUCCUAUGAAAGAUACAACACCCAUCAGUCUUUUGUUCUUACCCGCUCAUUAGCAAGUUUGUAGAUAUUUUGGGAUUUGCGAUUUGUCUUUCUCGAAUUGAAUCAAAAUAUUGACUUUUUGUCAAAGCGAGUCUGCUUUUUCUAGUUCGUUCUUCUCUACUAGGUCUGCUCUAAUACGAGGUCCUGUCAGUGUUGAAGAAGCAUGGUUCAUGGUUGAGCUCCAUCUUGUUUACGUUCUGUUUUCAUGGUUUUGCUUUUGGCAACUUCUUGCAACAUAUCUUAGUUGCAGUUUCGAUAGCAUCGCAUAUUCUUAACAAAUGGCUUGUAUCCAUCAGGUCACUGCAGCAAGUGCAGUUCUUUUUCGAGGAAGAAGCAGAGGGAAAUGGCAGCUUCAUGACCCCAAGAGGCUUUGGGCGAAGGACAAUGGUAUGGAAAAUGCUGAGAGCAGAACCGGCAAAAGAUCGAUGAAAAAGAUAGCAACGCCAAUAAAUUGAAGCACUUGCAGAGGAAAAUCGUAGGAUCUCAAAAUGUGUAUGCCAAGAAAGUUGUUGGAAACUUUGUAAUUGUGCACCAAAUCUCUACAGGUU